AUGUCUUUAUUGCCACAAAUCUUUACCUUGUUCAACAGAGCCACUUGUUCUUAUAGUUUGAUUUAGUAUCCACAAAUAGAAGCACUCAAUCGUAUUACAGCACUAUUAGAUCCAAACAUAUUUCCUAUUUAAGAUCUGUCUUUGAAGUUACACACUUCUGAUAGUAUGACAAUUUGGGAGAAAUCAAAGACACAAGGAGUAAUGAAAAAUUUAAUAUUCAAACCCAAUCUAAGAGAGAGCAUUAUUGAUCAUUCCAAUGCAGGAGAAGGAGUAUUCUUAGAGACAAUACAGCAAAUAAAAGGAAGUUACUUAUUUUAGUUUAAGUGCUCUUUCAGGCAUCCUUUUAGACUCGGUCCCAUGUGUUCUAUGAUGAUUAUCAAUCAUAUAGCAAGAAGACACCUUCAGACAUGCAUUUCUUUAGAUUCAAUGGGCCCAUCUUUGAUUUCACAACCAGGAUAUACUGCCCUUACAUCCCUGGAUAGGUUUAGAUUAAUACGAACAAAAAAUAUCAGAAAUAUAACAAUUACCUGCUCGACCUAAUUGACCAUAAAGAAAUAAGUUAAAAGGAGGCUAAAAACUAAUAUAAUGAGAGGACUUAAAUCAUUAUGCUCUAGGUCAAAAAAUCAAUCACUCUCCAAUCUAUGUUUAAUCGAUAUAUUUGUACCUAAGAACUUCUUAACUAAGGAGUUGAUGAAAUUUUUGGCCAACUAAAUAUUUCUCUACAACUCUAGAUUUUUUUGUAAGCAGCCUAUGUUUUAGAAGCGUUACAGAUAUUAAAGAUGGAGAAAAAUUAUUUUCGAUUAUUAGAAUACUGUCUUUUUAAUAUGGAAAUUGAGUCGCCUGAUUGGUUAAUUAAACCAUCUCCAUUGCAUCCAUAAAUUAGUAAAUGCAAUCUCAGAUAGGAGGGUCUAUUGAUGAUGAUGUUGGAGGAUUACGCUUUCUAAUAGACUAAAGAUGUUAAAACUUUGACAAAUUCUAUAAGAGUUGUUAUAAUUGAAGACCACUAAUACUUGUGA